AUGUUUCCACAACUUAACCGUAACUAUGCUUGGGCUAUUGCUCUCAGCCUUGUGGCCAGGAGUUCCCAUGUGUCUGCUGGACCCUGUGAUAUCUACUCCUCCGGCGGCACGCCCUGUGUUGCCGCCCACGGUACCACUCGUGCACUUUAUAACUCCUAUGCUGGUCCAUUGUAUCAAGUCAAACGUGGAUCAGACGGUGCUACAAAUGACAUUGCGCCACUUCACGCCGGCGGCGUUGCCAAUGCCGCUCAUCAAGACACCUUCUGUGCUGGGACGACAUGCCUCAUCACAAUCAUUUAUGACCAGUCCGGCCACGGAAAUCACCUUAGCCAGGCCUCUCCAGGUUACUUUAUUGGCCCAGACUCACAUGGGUACGACAAUCUGGCGAGCGCUAUCGGUGCCCCUGUGACACUGAAUGGCGAGAAAGCCUACGGCGUCUUUAUCUCUCCUGGCACAGGCUACAGGAACAAUGCGGCUAAGGAUACAGCUACCGGUGAUGAAGCAGAGGGCCUGUAUGCAGUCUUUGAUGGCACUCAUUAUAAUAAUCGUUGUUGCUUCGACUAUGGCAACGCCGAAGUCAGCGGUAAUGAUACAGGCAACGGCCAUAUGGAGGCUAUCUAUUUUGGAGACCUUACGGCCUAUGGUACCGGCGCUGGCAGCGGCCCAUGGAUUAUGGCAGACCUUGAGAAUGGUCUUUUCUCUGGCUUCAACGCAAAAAAUAACGCAGGGGACCCAUCUAUCAUCUACCGGUUUGUUAGCGCAGCCGUCAAGGGAGGGGCCAAUAAAUGGGCAAUCCGUGGUGGGAAUGCGGCUUCUGGCCCGCUAUCGACCUUCUACAAUGGUACACGCCCUAACGCUCGAGGAUACAAUCCUAUGAGUAAAGAAGGUGCUAUCAUUCUCGGUAUCGGUGGUGAUAACAGCCACGGUUCCCAGGGCACGUUCUACGAGGGCGUUAUGACUUCCGGCUACCCGUCCGAUGAGACGGAAAAUGCCGUGCAAGCUAAUAUUGUAGCUGCUAAGUACACUAUCGCGCCGCUGACUGGUGGCCCAGAAUUGACUGUAGGCUCGUCAAUUUCGCUGCGCGCCACUACAGCAUGCUGCACAACGCGUUACGUUACCCACACUGGCUCCACUGUGAACACCCAGGUUGUCUCAUCGUCUAGUCCGGGGGCCCUUAAGAAGCAGGCUAGCUGGAUAGUUCGCACUGGUCUUGCUAAUAGCGAGUGCUUCUCCUUCGAGUCCGUUGAUACUCCUAGCAGCUUCCUCAUACACGACAAUUUCGUAUUUGUUCUCAGGUCCAACGACGGUACGAAGGCGCUCCACGAGGCCGCCACGUUCUGCCCACAACCUGGUCUGAACGGCAAAGGCAACUCGAUUCGAUCAUGGAGCUAUCCCACCCGCUAUUUCCGUCACUACAAUAAUGUGCUCUAUGCUGCGAGCAAUGGAGGCGUCCAUAAGUUCGACAACCCCGCGUCGUUCAAUGAUGAUGUUAGCUGGGUGGUUAGUGCUGGCUUUGCUUAA